CUGUGCAUAGGGAACUAGUCCCUCCCUUCAACAAUAUCACACCAGUGAACUGGAAAGUCCUGUUUUACUGUAUAGGCCGGGAACACAAAUACUAACACCUUUUUUGUGCAUCUACAUUGGGGUCUGAAUACAUAAAUAGACUGUCAUUAAGUCACCAGGACACAAAAUGAGCAAACCAAUGUCUGCGCAAGGCAUGUCCAAAAUGGAGGAGGCAAAGAAUGUGAAGGAUGAGAAUAAGCUGUACUUGCAUGAGGGGAUCCUCUACUCUACAAUCAUGAGUCCCUCAGAAAAUCUUGAAGGCUUGAAGAAGCUGGAGGGCAGACCCGAUGACAUUUUACUGGUGGCCUACCCAAAAUGUGGGUUCAACUGGAUGGUUGCUGUGCUACGCAAAAUCAUGGCUGCAGCCUCUGGGCAACAAGAAGUGUCUCAAAUACCUCCACUGAUGGAGUUUUUCUCUCCUGACAUGCAGAAGGUGGUGGGGGAAAUGCCCUCUCCGCGGUUACUGGGCACACAUUUGCACCCUGAUAACAUCCCUGGCACUUUUAUUGCAAUCUAGGUCAGGGGGUGCAGCAGAUAUCCAAGUUCUUUGGUUUCCCAUUGACUGAAGAGCAAGUCCAGACAAUUGCAGGGCAGAGCACCUUCAAUGCUAUGAAGGACAGUUCCAAGAACACCCAUGGAAAACAUGGCAAUGUGUUUUUCCGAAAAGGUGAAGUUGGAGAUUGGAAGAACCAUCUAAGUGAAGCCCAAAGUAAACAGAUGGACGAGAAGUUUGAGAAGCACCUGGCUCACACUAAACUGGGGGCUAAGUUAAAAUAUGAUAUUUACUGCAAGUAGGGAGUUGAAAUUUCCAGAUCCAAUGCAGAAUAAGCAUAUUCAGAAGAUUGAAAUAGAAAAAUGUUGCUCAUGUCUACAGUAGGCCUAAACCUUCUGUAAGAAUACUCAAAGAUAAAUUUACAACGCACAGAAACUAGAGAUCAAUGCAACUAGUUGUUUUUCAGUUCAGCAUCUGUUUAGAAUCUGUGUAGGGGUUCCAGUUUGGACUCAUAGUUACAUGUGGCAAGUUCUCAUUGGUCCAAACUAUCUACAUAUUGAAGCCUGAAAAGGGAUACUUUGUAUUCGGCCAAUUUUACUGCAAUGAAUUCUAAUUGAUUAACCACAGGCUAGGUUUUGGUAUAAACAACAUCCUGUCUCUUUGUUCAAUGGAGAAACAACAAGAACAGGGAAGAAUUAACAUCAACCAUCAACUUUCCAGCAUAACAACUAUGAUUUGUUCUUUUUGAAUGAAUAUGUUUUCCCCCCCUGAUUUGUUUUGAGGUCUGUGCUGUCGAAAAAACAUAAACAGAAUAACCAACCAUAUUUUCCAGCAGCAUUUGCAGUGUUUUUCUACUAAUUUUACCUGAAUAUGAAUAGUAAAUUGAUAUGAAUUUCAUAAAAAGUUAGUUAUUUUUGGAAUAAAGCAUAAUGUCAUUUUGUUGGAUGUUACAGAAAGUA